AAUGGAGCGUCGCAAAUCAGUUGUCGCUGUCGUCCUAAAGCUUCUAGCUAGCACAAGCUGAACUGCGUAACUUACUACUACAUGCAUGAUGUCGCUGAACACGAAUAGCUAGCUAGGAGUAUCAGUACGCUCGCUGCGUAGUUUUUUUCCUUUCUAGAAACAUCCUUUCAAAGCUGAUAAACAACGUCUCGACUGUGCUGCAGUAGCAUUUAUUUUCUAAAUGGACAACCGACUGUUAGCUACCAAGCUAAUGUAGCAACAUAACGUUUAGAUGCACUGCUAGCUAAGCUAGCUAAUCGGCCUGUGGAUAAACAGUUUACACUGACAGACAACAUGGCAGAGUCAUUAUCAGGGGUUAAUGUUGUUCUGGUUAUGGCCUAUGGAAGCUUGGUGUUUGUGCUGCUGUUUAUCUUCGUCAAAAGGCAAAUCAUGCGAUUUGCAAUGAGAUCCCGCAGAGGACCACAUGCACCUAUUGGCCACAACGCACCUAAGGCUUUGAGGGAGGAAAUUGACUCCAGACUGUCCAAGGUCCAGGAGAUCCGCUUUGAACCUCGUCUCCUAUCAGAAGAAGACGAUAGGCUGAAGCAAGGAUCACAAAUCAGUCUGUCACUUUUUCAGCUCAUCUUGUUGCCACCUGAAUCUCUCUUAAGUGCAUUUAUUUUUUUCGAAAUCAAACAAAAACCUGUUUUGUAUAUCACAGGUUGCUACAACUACCUGUACAGAAUGAAAGCUCUGGAUGCCAUCCGCGACUCAGGAAUUCCUCUGCAGGACAUAAGCCGCUGUCCCAGUGCGUUUACUGGACGCAGCUUCAGGAACUGGCUGCUGGAGUUACGCAACUCCCACUCUCUGAUCAAGAGCAGCCGCAGCGCACUUAUUGACCGUUUGCUUGAAGGCUACGACAGCGCUCGCCAUGGGACUGGGGUGUUUGGGGAAGCAGAGUUUCUUGAAUACCAGCAAGCUCUAAACGAACUGGCUGAUGUGGUGAAAGCUUAUUCCAGCACCACCAGCCUGGACCAGCAUCACCAGUCUGCAGCCAAGGAUCUGACAGGCUCUCCUGUCCGGAGCACUCCCUCCACCAUCCAGGUCACCUACCUGCCCUCCACCGGCCAGCGCAGCAAGAGGCCCAAACACUUUCUGGAGCUCAAAAGUUUCAAAGACAACUACAACACACUGGAGAGCACCCUGUGAGUUAUCGCUGUUAACUUACAGACUGUCAAAAGGUGUGUGUGUUACGGUGAAGCCCUUAUGUGCACGUGUUACACCCAAGGCCUUUGUUUGCUUUGUUGGCCUUAAUUUGGACCUAAUGAGUGUGUUCAGAGAACAAAUAUGAUUGUUUCCAUUGUCAUUUUUGUAAAAACAGCAAAGUUAAUGUCAAGUCACCUGGAUUUAUUUUUUAUCUUUUUCAAAGUCCAAAUGUAAAUAUGAGUGUACCUUUUGAUUUACUGUGUUUGUACAGAUUUAUAUGGUCAUUGAUAACUUAUUUAAUUGAUAUUGAGUGAUUUGUAUUUAUGUGAGGUUGUGCAUGGUCGUGGUCUGAGAUAAAAGCCUUACAACCCA